AGCCUGAAGAUGCUGGCCGGCCCCCAGCUCCAGGAGCCUCUUCUGGACCGCCCCAACCUGCCAACUGGGGGCAGGCACCAGGUAUAAAAAUCUAAAAAACAGGCCAACCGCGUGUCCACAACCUGGGGAACCACCCCGAGGAGUUCCACGCAGCCGUGUGGAUGAGCGAGCUGCCCCAGCUGCCCCACUCCCAGCGCCAAGCCCCCGAAACAGCCCUAAGAGGUUUGGUGGCUCCGUUUGCAAGGCGCCCCCUGGGUGGGGGAGGGAGAGGAGGAUGGGGGUGGGCACGGCCUGCCCCGGGCAGGGAGGAGGGACAGUGGGGCCCACCGGGAGGGGAGGAGGAAGCACAGCCGGGCACUUCCCCAGGAAGAAGUGGCUCCGGAUUUUCCCCAGGUGUGGCUGGAGGUAUAAAGGGCACCUGGAGCUGGGCAGCCUCCAGGUCCGCAGCCUCCAGGCCCGCAGCCGGCUGCACCCGCCUCUCCCAGCCCAGCGCCGCUGCUGCUGCCAUGGUCAGCCUGCUCCUACCCGGCUUCUUGUUUCUGCUCUGGCUGCCCACCAGCCUGGCCCGCCAUGGCCCCCAGCUCUGGGGGGGGCCCCACCCCCACGGGCCCCCACACUGCUACUCGGCCGAGGAGCUGCCCCCGGGCCAGGCCCCACCACACCUGCUGGCUCGAGCUGCCAAGUGGGAGCAGGCUCUGCCUGUAGCCCUGGUGUCCAGCCUGGAGGCAGGGGGCCGCAGGAGGCGGCACGACAGUCCCCCCUCUGGGACCCAGUGCCCGGUGCUGCGACCGGAGGAGGUAUUGGACGCCGACGUCCACCAGCGCUCCAUCUCGCCCUGGAGAUACCGCGUGGACACCGACGAGAGCCGCUACCCGCAGAAGCUGGCCGUCGCCCAGUGCCUGUGCAGGGGCUGCGUCAACGCCAAGACGGGCCGGGAGACGGCCGCGCUCAGCUCUGUGCCGCUGCUGCAGAGCCUGCUGGUCCUCCGCCGCCGGCCCUGCUCGCGGGACGCCACGGGGCUGCCCACGCCCGGGGCCUUCUCCUUCCACACGGAGUUCAUCCGCGUGCCCGUCGGCUGCACCUGCGUCCUGCCCAGGUCGGCACAGUGACCAGCGGCCUUGGCUGUCUUCACCGGCACUGGGGGGGUCACCCCCCCAGACUGGA